AUGAGUGUUGGGAGUAGGGAUGAGAGAGAGAACUUUGAGAGCGAGAACAGAAAAACCGGUAAUAAGAAAGGGAAACACACCAAAAGCAACAACAUCGAAGCUCUGUUGCGCAAGAGAUUGGAUGAUCCAUCAUCAUCGUCUAUGUCGCCUAUUGAGGUAAUCAGAAACCACCCAAUCCCCGAGCUGGAUUCCGCAACAGCAGUGAGAGUCAAAGUCAAGGCCAUUAGCUUGAACUUCGCUACUUACCUUAAGAUUCAGGGCAAGUACCAGGAGAAGUUUCCCUUGCCUUUCAUCCCAGGCUCCGAUUAUGCCGGCACUGUCGAUGCCAUUGGCACCGCCCUCGCCAGGUUCAAGGUGGGGGACUACGUUUGCUCCUUCGCCAACUUCAUCGUCCAAGACCAAUCCCUACUGUUUGAAGUGCCAAAAGGGUGUGACCUGGUUGCAGCUGCUGGACUCCCUGUUGCCUUUGGGACCUCUCAUUUGGCCCUAGUAUUGCCGGUUCUUGGUGCCGCCGGAGGCGUUGGAAUUGCUGCUGUUCAAAUUGGCAAGAUUUGCGGCGCUGUUGACAUUGCAUUUUUGAAGUCUUUGGGUGUUGAUCAUGUGGUAGACUUGAUGAAUCAAAAUGUAACCACGAGUGUAAAGGAGUUCCCUAAGUCAAGGAACCUCAAAGGGAUUGAUGUUCUCUUUGAUCCUGUAGGUGGCAAGCUUACUAAAGAAACUAUGAAGCUCUUAUACUGGCGUGCUCAGAUUCUUGUCAUUAGAUUCGCCAGUGGCGAAUUCCCUGUAAUCCCAGCUAAUAUCACUCUAGUUAAAUAUAAUGCAAGCGAGAAACGAUAUGAGGUCCAGUUGGGUACUGUUCGAGCUCCACCUUUGGGUUUUAGAAUUGUUGAAGAUCGCCCAAGAGACUUUCUAGUUGUUAGAGCUUCAUUUGUUUUUGCUUUAGUAGAAUCGAAAGAUGAUGAGGCCAUUGGCAAGCCUGGUUGCGAAAAGAGGAAGAUAAACUCUGUUUUCCAUAUCUCUUCCCCUGCCUUUGCUUUCAAUGAUCGGUGCAGAUUACACAAAGGGACCCUCUGGAUUGGAUCAUUUGUUAAUUAUUGCUAG